AUGGAGGAAGGCGAGGGUGGGAAUCAGGUGGACGCCGCGGCACCGCGGCGCAUCGCCUACAACCCAUUUGCAGAGAACGCCGAAGCCGGCCCCUCUCGCCCUCGUUUCUCCCAGCCCACAUAUUCUUCAAUACCAGCAGGCGACCCAGUCUUGGACGAGGAUGACGAGGACGACGAACCUCGACCAGAGCGGAAAGGUGCACCUGAAGACUUGGAAAACGCAGAAUCCGAUCACCCUCCAUCAAGCGACAAACCGAGCCCACCACGGAGGCGCAGGCCAGGCCCACGGCGUACGCGCUUUUGGUGGGGGGACGUCUCCAAUACACCUGGCUUCCCAUGGUACAAUGCCGAACUGAAACUCCACCAGAGCAUCACCGAACGACACCAACGUGGUGUAUACAGCCAGGAAGUCAACGCGAUCGGAUGGGAAGCAACGAUCUCCUCGCCGCUCAUGACGCUCUGGACGCCAGAGGAGAAAGGCCUCUUCUUUGCUGCAAUCGCACGCCACUCACGCUUGCGACCCGACCUCAUCGCGCAUGACAUCGGGACCAAGAUCGAGCUCGAAGUAUCGCAGUACAUCGAGCAUAUCGAGGCCAGCAUCAAAGCGCUACCCGACAAUAUUAAUCAACACGCCGAGUCGCAGCCCUGGCGCGACCGCCUGCUCGGCGAAGGCGCGUACGAAGCUCCUCCAGGCUUUGAAGAGAAGGAGGAACAUUAUGCGGAGCUCGUGGAGCUGCUCGACCGUACAGCGAUGGAAUCGAGGCAGACUGGCUUCCCUCGCGUCCCGGGGCGACGGAGCCGAUUCAUGACGCCCGAGUCGCGCACUGCCGUCGAGAAGUGGGGCGAGACCUUCACGGCGGACAAGAUGGACCUCACCGCCGACUUGUUUAGGGUGGCCGAAGACAAAGCACGUCCAAAGGAAGCGCGUGAGCUACCACAUCUGGAAGGCGCAGAGGAGAUGGACCAGAUCGAGGCCGACAACGGGAUGAUCGACCUCAUCAGGGCCAUCCCGAAGAAGGAUCGCACGGCUUUCCAAACCAAGACGCUCUGGAUGCUGGUCAACCGCUGCAAGAUGCGCCAGAAAUAUCGGCGGAAGCGAUUGCACGCUCAAGGUUGGACUGACGACAAGAUUGACGCGGCUGGUGGACCGGACAAGGCCUUCGUCUCUGUCAAGAAGGGUGCCAGCGGCGCCAAGCGCAAGGACCAUUCGGCGAACCUCGAGAACGAGGACCCCGCUGUCACCCAACUCCAGGACCUGGGACUGGAUGCCUACCUCGAGAAUCGCGGGUGGGAGCUGUUCAACUACGACCACAUGCGGCAAUUCAUCGAGCUGCACCAGAGCGCGCAUGGCGUCGACCCUACCACCCUCACGUACAAUGGCGCAUCUAUCACCACUGCGCGCGGCACGUCGUUUGCUGUCCUUUACUUCCUGUACAAGCACCUCUGGGCAUACCUGCGGGAGUUGUUGCUGCGCACGUACAUAAUCGCGACCGCCGCCAAUCCCGACACCACGGAGAUUGAGCAAUGGCACGUUGAGUCGGCACUAGACGCAUACGGCAUUCCCGAUCCGCAACAGCAACUCCGCGACGUGUUGAAAGAGUUCGAACGCCUAAACCAGAUUGUACGCGAGAGGGAGACUGGUGUCGUGCAAGGAGUGGAAACUCAAGGACAGCACGAACCCGUUGAGGGGGAACCCGAGGAGGAAUCCGAGAACUCCGCGGACGAGGAAGACCAGCGGCCCCCGGAUGGCCAGGGCGACCGUGUUGUACGGCGCAGGAGGCCGCGCGUGAAGAUUCGUGACCGUGCUCCUUCUCUGCGUGAGGUCGCUCUCCGUCCACCGGCCCUCGCAGAGCCACCGCGCGACUCGGACGUCUGGGUGGCCUUUCACUCCGAGACGGACGACGAGGACUCGGAACUCGAUGAGCGCCUCGAUGCGGUGGAUACGGCGCUGGACGCAGUCAUGGCCUGCCAGCUACGGGGGGCGGCCACAUCCGACACGGUUAAACGUCUCGACGACCGCGCUUGGCUCGAUACGCGCGGCAAGCGCGGACGAGCAUGGCGCAAGGCGCGCGCCAUCGUUCCUGUGCCAUUCAAUGAGCGUGCCAACCUUGCGCGGGCAAUCAUCUCGUACCGCGAACUUAUGGCCCGGGUCACAUCUGACCGGCGCCACAGGCGAAAGAUGGCUGAACGGAGUAAGCUCUUUCCCCGUCACCAGGCAGCGUUGGCAGCCGCUCGUCAGCGUCUCAAUCCGCCUGUCCCGCUACACAUUCUCGGAGAAGAGUGGAUGGAGGAUGGCGUGGUGCACGAGCGUCCAGUCACCAUCAUCAAAAGGAAUCCCAAUCCACGGCCGCGCAAGCGUAAGCGCAAGGUCGGGUCGUCUGAAUCCGAUGAGGAGGAGAACAUUCCCCGGCGAGAGAGCACAACACUCCGCAAGAGACAGAAGACGCGUGAGGAACCAACCCGUCGCAGCCGCAGCUCUGGGUCGGAUGAGAGUGAGGAAUGGGAGGCGUCCGGCGACUCGUCCGGGGGGAUGUCGACUGACGAGGACGAGGGCGAGCCUUCCCGUUCACCCAGUCCGUCUGUGAUCGUACACGAUGGGGCCAGUGGGGACGAAGACAUGGACGUGGACCAUCAGCUGGUCGACAGCGAUGACAUGGAGAUGGCGGACGAGGAGGGAGUGUCCAUGGAAGUGUUUGCGGGCGACGACGCACUCGGUUCGAGCGAUGAAGCCGACGACGACGAUGACGAGGACGAUGACGCCCACGAGGCCCACGACGACGACGACGACGACGAAGCCCACGAAGCUCACGACGAGGACGAAAAAGUCCACGACGACGGCAAGGACGAUGUGGCCAACGAGUCUGACGACAACGAAGCGUCUCACACCAACUCUUUCCGCCACUCUACAGACAGCCUCAUCGGAGGCGAUGAUGCGCUGGACUCUGACUCUGAGGGCGAGAAGCACGAGGCAUUGUCGCAAGGCGAGUCUGACGGGGAAGCCAGCUCGGACAAGGUGGUCGACGGAGGCGAUGAGUACGACACUGAGAGCGACCGCGGCUCGGAUUCAGUACCCAAUGGCCGCGUCUCGACCUCUGGGUCAUCAGAACAGACAGCGAUGCCCAACGGCAGUGUUCAGUCGCACAAGUCGCCGAACGAGCUAGCUACGCAACCCAGUGCAAGCGCCCCUAGCCACGUCCAGAAGGGCGUCCACAGUGACGACGAGCAUUCGGAUGAUUCGGAUGUCGACGACAGCGUCUUGCAGGAGUCUGAUCAUUCCGAGGAUGAGGAUUAUGGGACUGAUAGACCAAUCAAUGGGUGGGGCGGCGUGCCUGACACCGGAACACAGAGUCAAGGCGAAGGGCUUCUUGGCGGAGACGAUGCGCUUGAUAGCGAUAGCGACAGCGACUAG